AUGUCUCUGUUGUUCUUUAGGGUUCAAGUGUUGGAGGUGAGCCAGAAGGAAGACAACUGGGGUUUGGGGAGUGUCUUGGUGAAAUUCAUAGAUGAAGGCAGGACCAAGCUCAUCGCAAGAGACAAGCUGCUGCUGCUCCCAGAGAAGUUCCACACUCUGCCCCCUCAGGCUGUGGAGUUCAUUGUUUGUAGGGUGAAACCAGCUGACAGUGAAAUUGAAUGGAACCCAAAGGUUACUAGAUACAUUCAUCAUAAGAUUGUUGGAAAAAUGCAUGAUGCCAAAGUGGUUCUAGCCUUGGGAAAUACCCUUUGGAUUGAUCCAAUGGUGCAUGUUACAAAACUAUCAAAUCUAAAAACCUCUAUCAUUGAUUAUAAUGUUCGAGCUGAAAUUUUGUCCAUGGGAAUGGGUAUUGAUAAUUCAGAACACAUAGAACAACUGAAAAAACUAUGCAAAGAAGCCAAACUGCCAGCUUUCGAGGACCUUCUGGGCCAGACUUC